AAAAAGACAUGUAAUGUGUUCCGACACUUGAUUCAGAGUGAACCCUUACAAAGCUUCCAAUCAUCCACUUGUUUGAAACUAUCUGGGAGUGAUCUUGUUGUGCUGAAAAACGGUUCGGCGGUGUCGCUCUAGAGGCAGACCAAGCCUCACAACCAACCUGAGUCAUUAAUCCUCGUCUGCACAACCGUAACAGCAUUCUAGCAUUUCUGUCUGGAUAUGGCUCGUUACUUUAAGGAACAGGAUAUCGAUGAAUUUCGAGAAUGCUUCUACCUUUAUGCCCGACGAGGUCAAAUCAACACCAUGGACGAGUUGACCGUGAUCAUGCGGUCCUUGGGAAUGAGCCCCACCAUUGCAGAGCUCCGAGAUUACAUGAAGCAAAAAGGUGGCAAAAUGGCCUUUGCUGAUUUCCUGGAUGUGAUGCACCAGAAUAGCACCAAAGAAAAUAUUCCAAAGGAGUUACUAGCGGCUUUUCGUGGCUCCGAUCCAAAUAAGAAGUGGGGAGAAAAAGUCAGCCCGAGAGAAGUGGAUCAAAUCUUCAAGGAAGCCAAUAUCUCUCGCACGGGCAUGGUCAAAUACGAGGAAUUCAUUAAGAUUGUGUGUGCCCCUGUCCCCGAUUAUUAUUAAUAUCUUGAUUUGGAGCGGGAAGCGAGUCCAGUUCUCCUAACUUUUGUUCUCUACGAAAUAAAUGAAUAUGGGUCCAUUCUUUUGAUCAAUA